AUGAUCGAUAAAACAUAUAAUUAUGAACAUUUAACUAGACGAAUUGUUGAAUUAAUUGAAAAAUUAAGACGAAGAUUUGAUUUUAUUGAUGAUGGAAAUAGUGAUGAAUGUGCUUGUGCUAUAAUUAAUCUUCUUAGUAAAGCUCGAUCAUGUUUGUAUGAUUCAGUAAAUGAUGUAUUUGGUGCUAAUUGGUAUUUGACACAACAUUUUUUAUUUGAAUAUUUUACAAAUGAUGCAUUAUUAUGUUCAUCAAAUGAUUUAUUUAUUAAUCUUAUUGUAAAUUUAUUUAUUGAUUUACUAAAUAUGAUAUUCAUUCGAAUGAUGAAAACGAAGAAGAAAUAA